AUGCCGAUGAAGAGUCCUCUGCCUGAGACUGAGGAUGGGAACCGCUAUCUGUUGGUGAUCGGCGAUUAUUACACUAAGCACGGUGUACCUGUAGUUCUUCACUCGGAUCAAGGGAGAAAUUUUGAAGCGAAUGUGAUGAAGGAAUUGUGCAAGAGGUUGGGCAUAGAAAAAGUGAGGACAACACCGUACCAUCCACAAUCUAAGCAGUCUUCAACAGGUCACAGUCCAUUUCAGUUGAUGUACAGUCAGGCGGCGAGACUGCCAGUGGAUACCCUGUUGGAAACACCAGUGGAAGAUGCAAACUGCACCACGGGUCAUUGUGAUGAGAUCAAGAACAAGUUGACUGUUUUGCAAGAGAUCACUGAGACAAAGAUUAUUGAAGCCCAAUGGCGACAGAGGAAAACGUACGACAAAGAUGUCCGAAAAGUGCCAGAAUAUGCCAAGGGAGAUUUGGUGUGGCUUUACAGUCCUCAGGUAAAAAAGGGCCAGUCCUCAAAGUUUUGCCGUCCUUAUAGAGGCCCGUAUGAGAUUCUUAAGAAGGAGCUGGAAUUCCCAUGCUUUGAAGAUGUACAACAGCCAGAGGAUAUGGCCAUGGAACAGCCAAUCAUUCUCAAUGAAAGAGACAGGCACCAGCCCAUAUGGCUGAGAGACGAUGACACUACUUCUUAG